AUGCUAAAUAGUCAAAAAACUUCAAAUGAUAAUCAACUCACAUCAUCUGACUUAAAUAAUGAUUCAUUAAAUGAUAAUUUAGAUAAUCAAAAAGAAGAAUUUUUAUCUAAUAAUAAUGACAAUGAUAAUUGUAAAAAAACAAUAAAUAGAAUUCGUAAUGGAAAAAUUCCAAAGACGGAUGAUGAUAGAAAAUUACUUGUUGGCCAAUUAUCAUCGGAUAUAACAAAAGAAGAUCGUGAAAAAUAUUUUUCCAAGUUUGGUUCAAUUGAAGAUGUUACUAUUAAAUAUGAUGUAUCCGGUGGAAGAACACGUAGUUUUGCUUUUAUUUUAUUUGAUGAUAAAGAAUCAAUACAAAAAGUUCUUAAUUUAAUGAAUCGUGAAAGAAGUGUUUGUCGUCCACUUGGUUUUGUUUCAUUUUCAUCUGAAAAAACUGCAGAAGAAGUUUUACGUCAACAAUGUCAUAUAGUCAAUGGUGCAUCCAUUGAAGUUCGAUCAACUAAACCACAUCCAUAUGAACAACAACAAUUACAAAUGCAGCAAUAA